AUGUCCACCCCCAACUCCGACCCCACAUUCCGCAACUACACCAGUCAACAAGCCGCUACAUACGCCGCGCACCGGCUCUCCUAUCCCUCCAAACUAUACGAGACAGUGAUAACUCACCACCAGAAAACCGGUGGACAAUUCCAUCUCGUGCUUGAUCUCGGCUGUGGCCCCGGAAAUGCAACUCGCGAUAUCGCGGGGUAUUUUGACGAAGCGGUAGGAUGUGAUGCCGGGGAGGCGAUGAUAGGGACUGCGAGGGAAAUAGGGGGGAAUACGAAAACUGGGAAAGAUAUUAUUUGGGUAGUGGGGAGUGGAGAGGAGUUUGUGGGGUUGGAUGGGGUGGGAGAGGGGAUGGUGGAUUUGAUUACUGUUGCUAUGGCGGUACAUUGGUUUGAUAUGGAUAAGUUUUGGGCGCAGGUUGCGAGGGCGUUGAGGCCUGGAGGAACGGUCGCGUUAUGGACACGCGGUACAUCCUACUAUCCCCACCCCUCCGUCCCCAACCGCUCCUCACUCCUCCAAAUCUUCCUCAACUUCGAGCGCAACAUCCUAGCUCCCUACGAACUAUCCCCCAACCGUCUCUCCCGAGACAUGUACGACCAUCUUCCUCUCCCGUGGAAUAUCCCUCAUCCCAUCCCCUCAUCCAUCUUACCGCCAUCUCAGUUUCUGAAACUCGACUACGACCGCGAUGGAAUACUGUCGAAUCUGGAAUCCGAUGAUUUCUUUUUCGGUGGGAGGGAAGUCACGCUGGAGCAGGUGGAGAAGUCAUUGGAGACGGCGAGUAUGGUUACUAGGUGGAGAGAAGCACAUCCGGAUGCGGUGGGAACGGAGAAGGAUGUUUUGAAAAUUCACAUGGAAGAAUUGAGAAAAGCGAUGGGCGGGAAUGAAAGUGUGAGGACUGGGAGUAGCACUACGAUUAUUCUUGUCAAGAAGGCUUUGGAGGCUUAACUGUGAACAGAUGUCUAGUUGUUACUAUUCGCUGUACUGAUAUAAAUAGAGGAUAACAAGUGGAUGUGAAUAUCUAGACGAGAUGUGAUGCAACACUGACGGGAGUCGAUAAUUGAUGUGCCUAGGUAUUUCUGGAAGACAAAAUUAUGGGAUGGCGUAAUAUGUGGUCAGCGAAGAACUAAACGCACGGAAGAGCUGUAUGGACUAUCUUGACACUUGAACUUUGGACCGUCUCAUCUCAUAUCCUCACAUAUCAAGGAGCUAUUUAAACAGCAUAAAAUCUCACAUCACCAAUAAUCUAACG